GCUGUUCGUCAAUACGACCGUACACUCACUCUCUCGUGCGACCGUCUCCGGGACGUCGCUCGCUUUUGUUCUUACGCGUGUGCGUGGCUAAUAUAAGGCCAUUUUGUGUGCCCGUAGCACUUGUGCCUUUUGGUUUUUGUGCUGGCCUUGUGUGCCGUGUUCUGCCGUCGUCACAUUUGCCGCGUGUUGAAGCGACUCCGCAUCUUGUACGUGUCGAAAUUAAUAUUAUAUACACAUAUAUAUCAUCUAUAUAUAUUAUAUACACGUGGACCCUGAGGUUACGAGCCGGCGUCAUAAUUGUUAUAUUAACAAUAUCAGUGUUCCAGCACACUUAUUCCAACGAUCAUACUGCCUUGGACCAGCAUGGAGUAUUUGUUACCGAAUCGCUGUACUUCGAUGAAACGACUUGAUGGGAAAACGGUUGUUGUUACAGGAUGUAACACAGGAAUCGGAAGAGAAACGGCAGCGGAAUUUUACAAAAGAGGUGCUCGAGUGAUAAUGGCAUGUAGAAGCGCGUCUAGGACACAAGACGCAAUAGAUAGCAUCAAAAAUCAGACUGAAGGAGAUAAAAACGUCGGAGAGUUGGUUUUUAAAUAUUUGGAAUUGUCGUUUUUAGCAUCCGUUAGGAAAUGUGCGAAAGAAAUAUUGUAUACCGAGAAAAGAAUUGAUAUUCUAGUAAAUAAUGCGGGCAUAAUGAUGUGUCCGAAAACAUUGUCAGAGAACGGAAUCGAACUUCAUUUGGCAACCAAUCAUUUGGGUCAUUUUCUGUUUACGCUAUUGUUACUACCCAGAAUACUGAAGUCCGCUCCAGCUAGGAUAAUCAACGUGACUUCAUUAGCUCAUACGUGGGGUGAUCAGAAAAUGCAUUUUGAUGACAUAAAUCUGGACAAGAACUAUACACCCAGCGGGGCGUAUGGCCGCUCCAAACUGGCUAACAUUUUGUUUACUGUGGAACUGGCCAAACGUUUAAAUGGUACUGGAGUGACGGUAUACGCAGUCAAUCCAGGUGUCGUUCACACCAAACUUAGCCGGUUUGUUGAUCAAACUAUCUUCCCUGGCGCUUCGUGGUUGUACAACAGUUUUACAAAAAUCGUUGUUAAGACACCCCAACAGGGCGCUCAGACCACAUUACAUUGCGCUUUGGACGAGAAAUGUGCUAGUGAAAGUGGUUUAUAUUAUAGUGACUGCAAGGUAUCUGAACCGGAUCCCGCUGUCAAAGACGAAAAGGUUAGCGCAGAGUUGUGGGACACUAGCUGCUUAUUAGUUAAAUUAGACCCUUUGAUAGAUCCUUUCCAACCGGAGAAAGAUAACUUAUCGAUUUAAAACUGUUUUAGUCAGGUGUUUUC